GUUUCCAUGACAUCCACCCAACAAGCUGCGAGUUACGAGUCACUCUGCUUUUCUCCAUUGUGAUCGCCUCGAAUUCGACAACCUCCUAGAUCUUCUUUGGUCAUCCCUGCUGACAUCGACACCGAAUCGUUCGUGUCCCCUGGUUCGACACCGAGAGACAAACAAUGUUCUUCCAAGUAGGGUAGCCGUUUCAAGACCGCAACCCUUUGCUCAACACGCUUCCGGUCGUUGUUGACGGUCGCACGAUCUCGGGGAAAUACUAGAGAAUACGAGCAUCAAAUCCACCAUCUUCCUCACGUCUGGGCUGGACCGUCGCCGUUGCAUCUGCACCAAGUCCUAUGAAUUGUGACUGUCACUGGCGAACUGCAAAGCAGCAAUAGCCCUCUUGUUCAGACAGUUCCUAGGCUAUACAUUCCCUGUAUUCGUUGCAUACAAAUCUUGAGAUUGCCAUUGGUACUGCCAUCAACUCCACGAUAGGUCGUCACGUAUUUUCGCGCAUCCCCAAACAUCUCAACAUGCCACCCCAGCGAAGAAGAGCUGGCGGCCAUGACAGUGCCAGGACGACGGCAUUCGGAAGAGCUUAUCCCAAUUUGCAGAGAGCCUUGCUGUUGUCAUGCGAAGUCGGUCCGUUUCUUCUCAUCGCCACCAUCUUGACAAGUGCUGGUGUCUGGAAGCGGCCAAUGUGGCAGAGAGCCUUGCUAUGGCGAGCGGCGCUCUGGAGUUUUCUCUCAAGGUGGAUUCUGGUUGGUUGCGCUAUCACCUGGACCUGGAAUGAAUGGGGUCAAGAAGAACAACGCGAACAGACAGACGAUCUUCAACGGGAGCAGCGCCGGGACGAAGGACACGAAGAUCAGCAGCAACAAGCGCAACACCCAGUUCAUAACGUCAAUUGAAUAGGUCUCGAUGGGUUAAAUGGCUCCGGUUCAAGUUGAGGCAACUUUUGGUAACACAUCCCUGAUUCCCUCACGAAUCACUACUUCGCACCUGUUAUCGACGAACAUCGCUCUUCCUCUGAAGCCACCACAUCCAGACGAUCGAAGCCCAACCCUAUGUCGAUAUGUCUAUAAUUUCAGCAGGCUAUGCCCAUGAGGGCCGUUGUUACUACUCAUGGCCUCAUCAACAUUAUAGGAACCAGAUAGAGUAUAACGAUAUCCGGAACCUCUCGGUUCAGGGCGGCCCUACCACCAUCUUUUCCGACCGAAUCCAUGCUUGAAAACGGACGCGCCAGGAACACCUAGAGAUUGUCUGGCGUUUCAUCUGCCGUCCAUGAGGGCCUUCCUGUUCGCAGAUUCGACUUAUUUGUCGAUGAGGGGCGGCCUUUACCACGCAUGUCCAGAAAAUCCUGCGCACGGAACGGGCCUCGUCAUCUACCACUCAUGGCCGCCCAACAGGGGAAAAUUUCAAUCUCUUCUAAGUGGACGACUGAUCAUCUCUGCGGAGGUUUCUGUCAUAUCGCACUCUCUUGCAGGUUCACUGGACCAAUGGGUCACGGACCGAGGGUGUCUCCCUCCCUGCCACGCAUACAUAACUGACUUGCUAAUACCGUUACUGAGAGGAGCGCACCGGACACGUCACGGUAUUUAUAAUAAUAUAUCAACUUUAU